AUGGAGCCGGGAGAGGGAAGAGCUCAGCAGAUAAGGCAAGUGCUGCUUUUCUUUGUUUUCCUGGGUGGGUCUUUGGUGUGUUCUGAGACUUGGAGAUAUUCUGUGGAAGAGGAAACAGAGAUUGGCACCUUUAUAGCCAACGUGGUGAAAGACAUGGGUUUGGAUAUAGAAGACCUGGCUGCACGGGGGGCCAGAGUUAUCUUUGACGACUAUAAACCAUAUUUGCGGUUGGAUCAGCAGACUGGCAACUUGGUCUUAAAUGAGCAACUCGACCGGGAGUCACUUUGCCAUCUCACCGAGCCAUGUAUGUUGCAUUUCCAGGUAUUAUUUGAAAAUCCUCUGCAAUUUUUUCGGGCUGAGCUUUCAGUCAAAGACAUAAAUGAUCACACUCCCACGUUCCUAGAUAAACAUGUACUUCUAAAAAUCUCAGAAGGUGCUACUCCAGGAACUUCAUUCCAAAUGGAUAGUGCUCAGGACUUGGAUGUAGGAAAGAAUAGUGUCCAAAACUAUACAAUAAGCCCCAAUUCCCAUUUCCACCUUAAAUUACAAGACAGUGAUGAGGGCGGAAAAUACCCAGAGCUGGUACUGGACCAAUCUCUGGAUCGAGAAAAGCAGCCUGAGCUUAGUUUAACGCUGACAGCCUUGGAUGGCGGGUCUCCGCCCAGGUCCGGGACCACACUGAUUCGCGUUGUGGUCCUGGAUAUCAAUGACAACGCACCCAAAUUUGAGAAGCCGGUCUACGAGGUUCAGGUACCAGAGAACAGCCCUGUGGAUUCCUUGAUCAUUCAGGUGUCCGCUACAGAUUUAGAUGCAGGAUCAUAUGGAGAAAUAUCUUAUUCAUUUUCCCACGUCUCCAGAGACGUGAGGAAAACAUUUGAAAUCCAUCCAAUUUCUGGUGAAGUCCAUUUAAAAGCACUUCUAGAUUUUGAGAUAAUUCCAUCUUAUAUCAUAAAUAUUCAGGCCAUUGACAGUGGGAGCCUUUCUGGAAAAUCAACCAUUUUAGUUCGGGUUGUAGAUGUGAAUGACAACCCACCAGAAAUAGCCAUGACAUCUCUUACCAGCCCCAUACCGGAAAACUCAUCACCUGAGGUGGUGGUCGCUGUUUUCAGCGUAAGAGAUCAAGACACUGGAGACAACGGGAGAAUGGUUUGCUCAAUUCAGGACAACCUCCCCUUUCUCUUAAAGCCUACUUUCAAGAAUUUCUACACCCUGACAACAGAGCGCCCAAUGGACAGAGAGAUGAGAACCGAAUAUAACAUCACCAUCGCUGUCACCGAUUUGGGGACGCCUAGGCUGAAAACGGAGCUAAACAUAACCGUGCUGGUCUCUGAUGUUAAUGAUAACACACCCACGUUCACCCAAACCUCCUACACCCUGUUCGUCCCAGAGAACAACAGCCCCGCCCUGCACAUCGGCAGCGUCAGCGCCACAGACAGGGACUCAGGCACCAACGCCCAGGUCACCUACUCGCUGCUGCCGCCCCAGGACCCGCACCUGCCCCUCGCCUCCCUGGUCUCCAUCAACGCGGACAACGGACAGCUGUUCGCCCUGAGGUCGCUGGACUACGAGGCCCUGCGGGCGUUCGAGUUCCGCGUGGGCGCUACAGACCGAGGCGCCCCCGCGCUGAGCAGCGAGGCGCUGGUGCGCGUGGUGGUGGUGGACGACAACGACAACUCGCCCUUCGUGCUGUACCCGCUGCAGAACGGCUCCGCGCCCUGCACCGAGCUGGUGCCCAGGGCGGCCGAGGCCGGCUACCUGGUGACCAAGGUGGUGGCGGUGGACGGCGACUCGGGCCAGAACGCCUGGCUGUCGUUCCAGCUGCUCAAGGCCACGGAGCCCGGGCUGUUCGCCGUGUGGGCGCACAACGGCGAGGUGCGCACCGCCAGGCCGCUGAGCGAGCGCGACGCGGCCAAGCACAGGCUGCUGGUGCUGGUGAAGGACAAUGGCGAGCGUCCGCUGUCUGCCAGCGUCACGCUGCACGUGCUCCUGGUGGAUGGCUUCUCCCAGCCCUACCUGCCGCUCCCGGAAGCGGCCCCGGACCAGGCCCAGGCCGACUCGCUCACCGUCUACUUGGUCAUCGCCUUGGCCUCGGUGUCCUCGCUCUUCCUCUUCUCGGUGCUGCUGUUCGUGGCGGUGCGGCUGUGCAGGAGGGACAGGGCGGCCUCGGGGGGUCGCUGCUCGGUGCCUGAGGGCCGCUUUCCUGGCCACCUGGUAGAUCUAAGCGGCACGGAGACCCUGUCUCAGAGCUACCAGUAUGAGGUUUGUUUGACUGGAGGCUCGGAGGCCAGCGAGUUUAAGUUCCUGAAGCCGGUUAUCUUCAACCUCCCGCCCCAGGGCAAUGAAGCGGAGAAAGCCCCACCUUUCUGA